UCCCCCCGGUGAGUGAAACAACAGCGGGCAGUGAAUGGAUCUCGGCUAAUCCCCUCUCCUCCGCGGACCCCCCGGAGCCGUGCGAAGGGCCCACGAAGGAGCCCCCGGGGCCAGCAGCGAGGGGGGGUCGGGGGGAGUGAGGGAGGGGGGGGGGGAGCGGGGGGGGGGGGCGUCGCAGCGGAGGCAGCGGCAGCAGCAGCACCACUCGCAGUCAAGCGGCGGGACUCCAGGCACUCACUUCCCCAGCUGCUGACGUCAGCUGGCAGCCUGGGCUGUGCUCGCUGCUCCGGACAUAGCGCCGAGAAAAAUGCUGCUCUCCGUGCCGCCAAGGGCAGGAAUCAACCCAUACAACGGCUACAACAGCAGAAACAGCAAAAAGCAGGCCUAUGUGUCCUCCGGCCACCAGAUGGCUCCCCCCAGUCCCAACACCAACAGCAGCAGCAACAGCAGCGGCGGCGGGGAACAGCUGAGCAAAACGAACCUGUACAUCCGCGGCCUCCAUCCGGGAACCACAGACCAAGACUUGGUGAAGCUUUGUCAACCGUAUGGCAAAAUUGUGUCAACCAAGGCCAUUUUGGACAAAACCACCAACAAAUGUAAAGGCUAUGGCUUCGUGGACUUUGACAGUCCAGCAGCAGCACAGAAGGCUGUAACAGCUCUGAAGUCCAGUGGGGUCCAGGCUCAGAUGGCCAAACAACAGGAGCAGGACCCCACCAAUCUCUACAUCUCCAACCUGCCAGUGUCUAUGGAUGAGCAGGAGUUGGAGAGCAUGCUCAAGUCCUUUGGCCAGGUCAUUUCCACGCGCAUCCUGCGAGAUGCCAACGGGACCAGCCGUGGUGUGGGCUUUGCCAGAAUGGAGUCUACAGAGAAGUGUGAGGCCAUAAUUCAGCAUUUCAACGGGAAAUUCAUCAAGACUCCACCAGGAGUGCCUGCACCCACAGAGCCCUUAUUAUGUAAGUUUGCAGACGGAGGACAGAAGAAGAGGCAGAACCAGGGGAAGUACCUCCAGAAUGGAAGGGCCUGGGCUCGAGACGGAGACACGGGAGGAAUGACGCUUACGUAUGACCCUACAGCCCUACAAAAUGGCUUCUACUCGCCCUACAGUCUGACACCAACCCGAAUGAUUGCCCAGACUUCACUCUCACCCUACAUGCAAUCUCCCGUUUCAUCCUACCAGGUACACAGCCCGUCCUGGAUGCACCAUCAGUCAUACCUCAUGCAGCCAGCUGGUACAGUUCUUACCCCAACAAUGGAUCAUGCCAUGUCCAUCCAGCCCACGUCCAUGAUGGGGCCUCUCACCCAGCAGCUAAGCCACCUGUCUCUGGGCAGCACAGGCACAUAUAUUCCGGCCAACACAACUAUGCAGGGGACCUACAUCCCCCAGUACACCCCAGUGCCUCCCUCCAAUGUCCCAGUAGAGGAGAACGGUCAGCAACAGCAGGUGGCCAUGGACACGCCUGCAGAACACACUAACUACACAUACCAACACACAAAGUGAAGCUAAGCUCCCAGCUGACGGGGCCGAGGGGACGAGAUGAAUCCAGCCACACUGGAUUCAACUGGAAGAGAUCUGUGCUCAGCACCACCACCAAGAUCCCGGACCUGAACACGGACAACAAAAGGAACAUCUGCGUCUGCAUUUUUCUUCUCUCUUUUUUUUUUUUUUUUUUUAAGAAAAAGGACAACACUUACAUCAUUGGACUUUUAUGCUCACAUCCUCAAGAGUUGCUCAACCAAAGGUGGGAUUCUUCUUCAGAGAAGCUUUGAUCUAUUUUGGUAACUGAAAAAAGGAAGAGAAAUAAAGAAUUAAAAAAAAUCAACACGAGGGAGGAGGAAUAGACAGAUCAUUAUUUUUGUGCAUGUAAUAUAACAAAUUCUUACUUUAAAAAAAACAUUCUGGAUGUUUCAGAGUGAUAUUAAGGAAGCGCGGAAACACAAUGUGUCUUUUAUUUUUUGUAAAGUAUGCAAACUUUUAUUUUUAUUUCCUGAUGUCUGUUGUUUGACAUUGUGUGUGUGCAGCAGCGUUAGCAACAAUGUGUACAGAUUAAGAACUCACAAACACCUUUGCUGGUCUAAUGUGUCGGGUCAAACCGUGGGAGGCAAACCGUUUAAAGCUACUUCUUCCUGUAACUGCUGCAGAGAUUUAUAAUAUAAUAACGCUGACUGUUUAUAGUGGACACAAAUUCCUUUUUUUUAAAGCAUUAUUUCACUAGUGAACAAAAGACAAUCAAUAAUUUCUAUUUAUAUUUGACUUAUAGUUCUAUUUUGUAGAGUUUCUAGAUUCAUGAAACACGUUUAUAGAAAAGAAAUUAUUUAAUAAGACAAGAUGAAAUGGAGCUUAAGAGAUCUUUACGCCACACGCAAGCUCUAAUAUUAAAUUAUUCACUCUGAUGCUCGGAUGACGUUUGAUUCAGUCCGGUAGACGCUAUCAAAGACAUGUCAAAAAGACACCUGUUCUGUUCUGAUUCCAUUUCACAUCACUGUGAGAAGUGGUUUUAAGCGGUUUUGUUGUGGCAAAGCUUCAGGUAUCAUUUAAAUGCAUCCUCUGUGGAAGGGAUGACGUGAACACGCUUUAGAUCCGAGGAGUUCGAUCGCUGAAAGAUUAUAUGUACAAUGAACAGUGCAGUUACAAAGUGGAAACACUUUAGCAAAAGCAAUGAGGGAAAUCAGAUCAAAGACGAACUAAAUCCCUGUGAAUCCAGUAAUGAGUCUGAAUCUAAAGGGAGCUGUAAGUCUUUUUUUUCAAUGCUGCUGUUGUCACCUAGGUUUUAUCGUCCGUCAGUGAUUUUUAGUUUGUAGAAAAGUCAGUGUCCUGUUUUUAUUUCUUUCUUUUGCCUGUCACUUGAAAAACCUUCGAGUUAUUUGCCUUAUUUUGUGAUCAGCUGAACUUUGAAGUAGAUUUUAGAUGUAGAUUUUAGCUUUUCCUAGAGAGCAGAUGCUAGUUUUUCCUCUCUACGUAGUGAUUGAUGCUGUUUUCACAUGAACCUCCGUUCCAGACCUUGAUGCGUCGUCUGUCCCGCGUCGCACCUGUUUGUGCAAAGCUGAACCAAACACACCAUUUAGAGCUGAUCCAAAAGAUCCACGCCGGCGCUGCGUCGGCGUUCGGCCUCAUGGAGGCGUCCUACACGCGAGCCCGUGUACGUUUCUGUCCCUGACGCAGCCUCUUUAGAGCUCAUGUCACCACACACAGUACAUCCUAUAGGUUGACCUUUAAUUUAUUCUGACACCACAAACUGUAGAUAUGUAGAUAAUAGGAAUAAUGGUUUUACAAAGGACUGCUCACUAGACCAUGGAAGUGCCAUUAAGACGAUUCUUAUAGCCUUUAGUGAGACAGCAAGUCUGAAUGAAUUUGAGAGUGAUCCCAAACUCUGCAAAAACUAUUUUUAGCUAAGCCUUAAUGUUUCUCUCUGGGUAACCUGCCUGGACUCUCAUAGGAUUGACACUAAGUUGUUCAUAGAGCAGAGGCGUCGCGUCCGUCAGGUUCGAUAUAGGGUUAACACAUUGCUCCUCCUCACGUUUGAAUCCGCUGAUGAGUGGCGGCUCCCGGUCCGAGUCGCCGCCCCCUUCUUCCUCCUGUCCUCCUCUUCCUUUCUGCAACCAAAGACGUUGUGGCCCCUCACGCUUUAGCUCUCUGUCGCGGGGCUCUCGCCCACCAAAGGUUUCCGUUCCGCCGGGGUCAGACAGAGGCCGACCACAGUGAGGGUGUUUACAUCGAAACCAUACACGCCGCGGUCCGUAGGGGACUCAUCCUGGACUUUACUGACCACAGCGGAGGCAGAGCAGCUUUUAUACAGGCCGGGUUUUCAGACACGAGAGCUAGUUUUGUAAAUAGGCUUCUCUUCCCUUUCCUCCCUUUCUUACAUCACUCUGUCUGUUUCUUCAUGUGUGUUUUUAUGAUUUUUUUUUUAAUGGUUUGUAACUUGUGCAGAUAACACAGUGAAUAGCAAGUUUUCAGAUUCAGUGCACCAUGAAGGAAAAUGUCAUGGAUAUUGUUUUUAUGUUCAGAGAAAUGAUAUUCCAUGUAUUAGCCAUCAAUUUAAACUACAAAAACAGAAUUUUGAAACUAUGAAAUGACCACUUGGUACAAUGCAGUGUUGUCUAUAUAUAUUUUUACAAACAAAGUUGGCAGAAAUGAUAUUACAAUAUCAAAAUUAGCAUCAUGAACAUUUUAGACUCAUUAGAGACAGAACUCUGAUUGAAAUACACAUUUGUACUUACUUUCAGUCCAGGCGAAUUAAAAAAGCUCCAUUUGUCCAAACUAAAGUAGAUUUUAUGACUUAUUUCAUAGCUUCAAAAUGUUUUGCUGCUAAAACAGGAUUUCCAAGCAGAUGGUUAGAUGUUUCCCAGCCUGGAUUUUCAAAAUGUCUUCCUUUGAGUUUGGUUAAUACUAAUGCCCGUUGUUUAUAUGGUUUUAUAGAAUACUUCAAUAACUGUUCAUUUUUAAUGGUCAGUUUCCAGCUUUGUGUUUUGCAUAAUUUAAACUCAGAUUUAUUUGUAAAGUGACAUUUCUGAAGAGGAAAUACUACAAAUCAUGUCUCGUUUCUCAACACUGUAUAGACAUUUUGAAAAUACCUUGGGCCCAUCUCACUUUCUGCUUGCGAACAGUUUUCUUAUUUAUACAAUAACUCAUUUUGUACAGUUUUGUUAGUGGAAAGAGGUUUUGAUAUUUUUUUUUCUUUUUGCAAAGCCACUCGGCUACUUUUGUCUUCCUGUGCCAGAGUUGCUAUAAUUGUCUGUAACUUCUGUUUUUUUUAUUGAUUGAGAAAAGAUUUCCCUCCUGUCUUGGUUUUCUUUUUGAAUUUGAAUAUGUCAUUUUUUCCCUUUUUUAAUAAAAGUCUUGUUUCAAUA